AAAUUAUAAAUGUAUAAUUAUGCAAUCCUUUUGUGUAUUGAUUUUUCUUCUUCUAAAAUUGUUACACAUGCGUCAUUUUUUCUUGUUUUUCUUGUUUUCUUUUUUCAUUCUUUCAUCCAUCUAUAUUAGAAAAGUUUGAUUUUCAGCAUUUAUCGGCGACUCGUUUAUAAAGCAUUUACAUUUAUAAAUAUGUACUGUUAUAUGUACUACAAAAAAUAAUCAUUUGCUCGGGAUCGGGAUCAAAAAUACCUUUGUCACAUGACCUACGUAGACCAAUCAUUUUUGGUGGUGUCAUUUUGAACUCAGUGUUUGGCGCAAAGGAAAAGUAUCACGAUAAAAUAUUUUUUAAAACUUUAGAAUGGCUCAUAAGAACAUAUACUACUCUGAUAAGUAUACUGAUGACCAAUAUGAGUAUAGACAUGUGAUGCUACCAAAAGAGAUUGCUAAACUGGUUCCCAAUAAACUGAUGACGGAAACAGAAUGGCGAAGUCUUGGUGUACAGCAGAGUCAGGGAUGGAUACAUUAUAUGAAACACAAUCCAGAACCUCAUAUAUUACUUUUCCGAAGACCACUGCCCAACCAAAUUCAAGUGACAGAUGGACAUUGCCAUUGACAAUGAUACAGACAGUAUUUUUAUACCAGUGAGUCCCCAAAAUUCUACAUACCAAAACUCUGGAAAAUCCUCAAGUGCAAGAGACAUCUUGGAGUAACUUUGAACAACGCCUUCUGAUGAUGCAUUGUACAUAAGUUCUGAUUUUGAUUUUCUCAUGUCUUUUUUUUUUUUUUUUUUAGUUCGUUGUUGUAAAUCUGCACAAUAUGUAUUUAGAAUUUAAAAAGAAAGAAAGAAAAACUGAUGAAAUGCAUGCUAUGAUUUUAGACACAUCAUUUAUAAUACAUUGUGAAUGACAAGUUGAAUAUCUCAUGUGUAUGUUGGUGGUGUUUUUUUUUCCUUGCAUUCAUAUACACAUGUUCAACUUUUUUUUCGUUUUUUUUUUUUCUUUCACUGAGAAUAUAGUUUAGAUUUGUUUUUCUUAAAAAAGGUACCACCAUUUACUUAUUUCAAACACAUUGAAUUGGUUAUGGUUGUGCAGAGAGCACUUCAGAAAUCUCUCCAUGUAUGUGCAUUGUAUAUUUUAUGUGUUCCUCUGAUAUGUGUAAAAUUAGUUUGUAUAGUGUAUCCUACAUAUCAGCUGACCCAGACCAUAGUAUUGUGUACAGACAUUAAUUGCAGGUAGACAUGUUUUUAUAGAUCUCUUGUAUUUCUUCUUCUUGAGCUAUCUUUCUGUGUCCUUGAUCUGAAGGAUGAGUGGGAUGUAUGAAGAAUGAGUGGGAUGUAUGAAUGUUUUUGUACAAUCACUAUUUUUGAUAUGACUGUUGAUUGAUUGUUAUGAUGUCACCAGCUGUUUUAUGUAUGAAGCAAAUAAUCAGUGUGCAAUAUUUGUGAUUUGGAGUCAUAUAGUACAGUAGAAAUAAUUUCAAAUGAGUAGUGAUGUCAUCCGUGGCAUUGUGGGUGAUACUUUGAUACUUUUAUAUCUCAUGCAAAAGUACAGGUGAAUAUUUCCACACCUACAAAAGUACAGGUGAAUAUUUUCCCACAUACAAAUAACAGGUUAAUAUGGGAAUAUGUUUUGUGAAACAAUUUUACAUCCAAAUUUUUAAGAUUACUUUACAUGAGUAGAAUGUAUUUGUACGACUGACUAACAGCAAAUUGUUGAAAAAAAUAAUGUCCUUCUAUUUGAAUGCAUCAUUCAGAUAAAAUAAACAUUGUUUUGUGUAGA